GCAGGGCGUGGAAGCCGACCAGAGAGGCUAGACAACAAGGAGUAACGGGCAAGCAGCGAGUAUGAAUUGAAACUGACUAGGAAAGAAAACGUAUUUACGGAGAAACACAAUUGUAAAAGACGAAGAGAAGAAAAUCAAACGGAGCGCUUUGAAAUCCAGCACGACGGGAAAUUGUAUCAGUGAAAAGUAUACGCGGAAGCCCAACUGAACUGAAAUUAAUUGCGCUCGCGGUGACCGCUCAGGAUGGAAGUGAAGUCAAAUUGUUUACCGGCUGAUAUUUUUCGCUAAAACGCUUGGUGACGCAUUCAAAACUAUUUUUAUGGUCGUCAGAAAGUUUAAAAUUCUCAGUCGCGAACUGAAAGGUCUUGGACUUUCGAUUUGACAGCGCGCGUUUGGACGGCAGUUGGAGGACUCACGAUCCUAACUUUUGAGUGAAUUUUCACUGCUUAACCAGCGAAAGAGGCGUUUGGAUUCUUUGAACUUGUUUCUGGAUUUCUUUUUUUUUUUACAUUUUAGUUUUAAAUGCAAAGCUGCAACACAUCCGUUGAACCGCAGCCUCACUUUACCGAACUGAAGAGGUUUUGCGAAUGAAAGCGCGUGCUCCUUGUUACCCGUCUAUUCGUUUGACCUUUGAGCUCUAUAAUCGAGACUAAAUUCUAUUUUCAUCCAUAUUGUAUUGUUAAAAAGUAUUAUCGUGAAGUUUGAACCCCUCCUCCAGUUGUUGUACAUUUUGUGCCUGCAACUUGCACUUCAGCACUUUGACUCGUCGUCGUUGUUGUGCAUGCAGGUGUUUGUUUUGAUCCUGCAGCCAACGAAAACAUUCAUCAGAAGCUAUAGGUUGUUGUCACCCGUGUUUUAAGCUCCUGGCUCCCUCCUCCCCUCUUUUGCGACGUCCCAGUGAAUAAGGUCGCUUGUAGACAUUUGCGGAAUUGCCAGAUCGAUAAAAGGUGGAAGAGUAGCUUUGUUACCCCCCUCUCUCUCUCUCUCUCAUCACACACACACACACACACACACACACACACAAAUAAUUCACUAAUACUUUUCUUAACUGGACGUGCAUUUUUGGCAUAUCAGGACUGAACUACAACGUUAUAACCAAGGAUAGGGGCAACACAACCAUUGUUGCUACACGCUCCUGCAUUUUUUGACUAAUUAAAAUCACUGUAGGGUACCUAGACAGAAUAUAAGAAAAGAUUGCUAUUUUUAGCAAGAGUGAUGGGGUAAAUGGUGUAAAUGGCUACCAACACUUCCAGGCUUAGCUCUGGUUUCCUUGUCAGCUUCUGAAUUAUCUGGUUUGGAAAAUUGAAGUGGAGGGUCCUGUCACAAGGAUCUCAGUCAUAUCCCACUCCUAUGAAUAGUUUUUCGAAAAGUUCUUGAUAUUUUAACAAAUGGAACCCUCUCGUCAUCGCGGGACAAUGAGUCUAGAUACAAAACAAGUAACGCAACUUUAGUAACCAAAUAAGUUCAUCCCCAUUUAAACAGAGAAAUAUCUAUCUAUAUAUAUAUAUAUAUAUAUAUAUAUAUAUAUUGUGUGUGUGUUGCAGAAUAUAUAUAUCUCUAUAAAAUAUAUAAGACACAAAAAGUUUGAAUAUGUAUAUUUUUAUGCCAAAAUCAAGCAUUGUUGCCUGAAACCCAAUCCGUUGCCUUAGAAUAACAUAUAGUAAUAAAGGGAAUAGUAUGGACAGAAAUGAAACCGUGUUUGAAAUAACUUAAUGGUGCCUUUUUCGUUCAUCAGUUGCAUCUGUCUGUCACUUCAGGAUUUUCACAAGUAAAGCUAUUUUUGUGCGUAAAUCUUUAUAACUUGCCUUUAUAGUUCAAUCUAGAGUUUAGUUACCAUUGGAUGUACCAUACUGGAUUAUUUACUGAAGCUAUAGGCAUGUAAGAAGGAUUAUCCUUUACUUGAUGUCAGCAAGUUUUUCGAAAGUACUUUUUGGGAUCCCCAACAAACUCAAUUAAAGUCAUUCUUUGGAUAUCACGGGCCAACACAUAAGCAUUUCAGAUGGUGAUCACAUCAUCUGUGGAGGAGAAGCCGCAGCCUUCUAACAGAAUGGUCGCAAACUUGGCGACCGAAUCCUGGAUUGGCAGCCCAGAUCAGAAUCGCUUCUUACCACAGUCACACCUACUACGGAAGCCGGCGAAAAGUGGAAGCAGCUCAGGAUGCAAGCCCCCUUCCUCUACCCUCUGCCAGCCUGCCGCCUUGGGCUUCUCCCCCGCUGAGCCAACCAUGUCGAGCCAGCACAGCCACCCCUCCUUCAGUAACAUCCACUCCAUGGCCGACCAGCAGCAGGUGCUGUCAGAUAUGACCAUCCUGCAGAGGAGGAUUCCCCCGAGUUUUCGAGAUCCCGCCAGUGCGCCACUACGAAAACUCUCCGUCGAUCUCAUCAAGACAUACAAGCACAUCAAUGAGGUGUACUACACGAAAAAGAAACGGCGUGCCCAGCAGGUUCCCCCUGAGGACUCUAGCACCAAAAAAGAGCGCAAGGUGUACAAUGACGGCUAUGACGACGACAACUAUGACUACAUUGUGAAGAAUGGGGAAAAGUGGCUGGACCGCUACGAGAUCGACUCACUUAUUGGCAAGGGCUCCUUUGGACAGGUGGUGAAAGCCUACGACCACCACGAACAGGAGUGGGUGGCCAUCAAGAUCAUCAAGAACAAGAAAGCCUUCCUGAACCAGGCCCAGAUUGAGCUGCGGCUUCUAGAGCUCAUGAACAAACACGACACUGAAAUGAAGUACUACAUAGUUCACUUAAAGAGGCACUUCAUGUUCCGUAACCACCUGUGCCUGGUGUUCGAGCUUCUCUCCUACAACCUGUAUGACCUCCUGCGCAACACCAACUUCCGCGGCGUCUCACUCAACCUGACGCGCAAGUUCGCUCAGCAGCUGUGCACAGCACUGCUCUUCCUGGCCACGCCCGAACUCAGCAUCAUCCACUGCGACCUCAAGCCUGAGAACAUCCUCCUGUGCAACCCCAAGCGCAGUGCCAUCAAGAUUGUGGACUUUGGCAGUUCCUGUCAGCUAGGACAGAGGAUUUACCAGUACAUCCAGAGUCGGUUUUACCGCUCACCUGAGGUGUUGCUGGGCAUGCCAUAUGACCUGGCUAUUGACAUGUGGUCUCUGGGCUGUAUCCUGGUCGAGAUGCACACGGGCGAGCCACUCUUCAGUGGCUCCAAUGAGGUGGACCAGAUGAAUAAAAUAGUUGAGGUGCUGGGGGUCCCACCCAACCAUAUGCUUGAUCAGGCCCCUAAAGCACGCAAGUACUUCGACAAGCUGUCCGACGGCCUGUGGACCGUCAAGAAGAACAAGGACAUUAAGAAGGUACUUUAUCCUUCGGCCUCUGAAUACAAACCACCUGCCACCAGAAGACUGCACGAGAUCCUGGGGGUGGAGACUGGAGGUCCAGGGGGGAGGCGGGCUGGAGAACAGGGCCAUGCGCCUUGCGACUAUCUGAAGUUCAAGGACUUGAUUCUGCGCAUGCUGGACUAUGACCCUAAGACGCGCAUCACGCCCUUUUACGCUCUGCAGCACAACUUCUUCAAGAAGACAACAGACGAAGGCACCAACACCAGCAGCUCCACCUCCACCAGCCCUGCCAUGGACCACAGCCACUCCACCUCCACCACUAGCUCAGUCUCCAGCUCUGGUGGAUCAAGCGGUUCUUCCAAUGACAACCGAAAUUACCGGUACAGCAACCGGUACUACAACAGUGCAGUCACUCACACAGACUACGAGAUGCAGAGCCCACAAGCUCCAUCUCAACAGCAGUUGCGUAUCUGGCCAGGAGGGGACAGCGGCAUGGGUCAACUGUCCAACAGUGGCAGUGAUUCCUCCUACCCUCAACUGCUGUUGCACAAGCCGGCGGCCACGCAGCACUCGCGCCACUUCCUGGGCAACAUUGGGGGUAUGAUGGAGCCGCACCACCCCCACCCAAUCUACGGCAGCCACCACAGCAACGGCAGACAGCUUCGGCAACAACAGCAGCAGAACCAGCCGCAGGGCCAGGCCUCGCAAGGCCAGCAGGGCCAGGGGCUGAUGCCUAUCUCCUCCCCGCAGAUGCAGGACAGCAUCGAGCUCAGCCUCACCCACCACCACCACCUGGGUCAGUCUUCCAUCAUGCAGCCACCCCCGUCGAGCUUGGACUCUAGUCAGUACGGCUCCUCCAACCUCCACCUGGGCCUCUCUGCCUUUCGGACUAGGACAGUCAUGGCCCCCCAGCAACCCCCGUCUGCUUCCCAGCAACAGUUGCCCCAGGCCCCAUCCUCCCAGGACAGCAUGGUCGCUGCCUCCGGUUUGGGAUACAUCCCUCCAUGCUACACCGGCAGCAACAACAAUAACAACCCACCGCAGGGAAGCAUCGGAGUGGGGGGAAUGCUCACUGGGGGGCCGCUGCCCAGAGGAGUUGGGGGAGCUGGGGGGCGGCCGGAUUCCGAGGAGUCCGCCAUGAUGGCAGUGUGUGGCAGCGGCAGUGGGAGCGGUCAGAGUGCAGCCAACUCUUGAUAAAUCUUGAACAAAUUCCAAAAGCCAUACAAAAAUGUUAAUGAAAACAUAACAGUGACAAAAAUGCCACACACCUACGACAUGUAGUAAACAUAACACACACACGGCCACACAUAACAGAAUUUCAGAGAAAAACUUGUGAAAUAUCAAACGGUUUUUUUUUUUUUUUUUCAUUUAUUUUAUUUUUGUUUCUUCUUUUUGGUUUUGCAUGGGGAGAAGGUCAAGGGAGGACCUGAAGGGGAUGAUAUUAAACUAUUUUUAUCUUUUUUUUAAUUUGUUUUUCUUUCAUUGAAGGAGAAGAGCAGUGGAUGAAGUACUCGGAACAGAAGGUUUCAGAAAGUUUGAUUUUACCGUUGUCAUAUUAUUUGAUUUUAAUGCGAUUUUAGGACAGGUUUGCAGCGAGAGAUUUUGUUUGUUUGUUUUUGUAUUUUUGUUGAGAGGAGAUUUUGGGAUUGAAAAUAGUUAAUUUUUUUGUCAAGACAACAGCAGCAAGAGACCGUACCCUUAUGCUUUUUUUUUAAUCUUCUUUUUUUUUCUAAAGUUUUGCCGUAAUUGUAAAAAAUUUUAUUUAUUAAGAAUCACUACAUAAGGAAAUUAGAAAAAGAGCUAAAUUGAGAGGUGGGUUUAUUUAUUCAAUGUUUUAUUUAUACAGGUAUUUUUUUUUAAUUAUUUUUCACUUAUGCAUAGAAAACAACAAGCAAACAAUGUUAGGUUGGAAUUUUAGUUUUGGCUUUAUUUUGUUAUUGGUUGCUUUUUUCUAGUGGAGUAUAUUUCACCCAGUCACCUUCACACACGCAACAUACAAACACACACAUUUUUUGUUACUUUUAUUUUUUUUCCAAUGUUUCCAAUCUUUAUCUUGCUUGACACACUGGCUUAUAUAUCUCAAACUAUGAAAAAAUCCUAUGAAUUAAAUAAAGCAAAUGACAGAAACUGUUUUUAGUCACCACACAGUGAAAAAAACCUACUAAAACUAGAGGAGGCUGAACCAUGAGCCGCUUUCACAAGGAGAGAGGGAACGUAACCCAACUUUCACAUUAAGGAGGAAGUGACACAGGAAAGUCUUGAAAAACAUCAAAACAUUUUGCCAGAUGGAAAACCAAAAUGCUUCCCUGUUGCUCGUUUCAAAAAAAUAGUCUGCCUUUUUCUUCACCAUCUCACUAGACUUUCUCACCUCUCUCGCUCUCUCUCUAUCUCUCUCUCUUUUGUUUCUGACUCUCUCUUUUUUUCUAAUCCUUUUUGUUUUGGACAGAAAACUAUGAAAGCAUUAACACAUUUGUAUUAACUCUGGAUAUGCUAAGCCAAAUCUUGCUGUCACUCUCUCAUCUUUCUGUAGCUCUCUCUCGCUCUUUAUUUUCUUGCCUCAUAUUUCUGUUAGAAGGAAGAGUCUGGGGCAAGAUUUAGCAGGAGGGUGGAAUACUUCAAUUUGAAGAGACACUUUUAUGCCCUCCUGACUGCGGCCCCUCCCACUCUGACUUCAUUUCCUGCCUCUAAUUUUUCCUUUCUCUCCUUUCUUUAUUUCCCCCUUCCUCCUUCACAACACUCUGUGAGUGCUGUUUGCCAUCAAAGUCAAAAAAGUGAACUACUUCUCUCUUGGCUGCUAUCUCCACUCUCAACCAUGUUCGGAUUGCUGCUAAAGAAAACAGACAGAUAAAUAAAUGAAUAAAUAAAUAAAAAUGAAAACAUUUUAACCCUCCUGCUUCAGAAAAAUGAAAAAUAAACCACUGCAUCUCAUGUAUUUAUUACUAUUUAACAAGGAAAAAAGAUGAAAAAAAGAAUCUGUUUUCUGCUGUUUUUAUUUUAUUUCUUCUUUUUUUUCUGCUUUCUUUCUUGGUACAGGUUAAAGCUUGACAUUUAUAUUAUGUAACGGAAACAUGGUAUUAAACAAGUGCCUCGAUUUAUUGGUCAGCCACUGGACAGAAUUGAACAGAAGAGGAUUAUAGGAGUUUGAUCAAGGUUUAUUAUAUGUAUAGCUCAAAAUUCAAGCCUCAUGCAACUGUGUAGAAAUCCACUACAAUUCAGAAUCAUGUGAAAACUUCAUAUUGGAAGCGAGCUUCGGUAUGACUGACCAAUACCAUAUAUUUAAUUAACUGAUGACAUCUUCAUCCAUUGUAAUCUGUGUACAUAGCUUCAAUGCAUCAUCCAGUUAACGUUAAAGCAAUGUUAGGGUGAAAUGUCAUUUUCAUGGUUAAUUCUAAUGACUGGGAUUCGAACCUGCGACCUUUGAGGCGACAGGACCGGCAAACUACCUUAUACUGCUCAGAUCAGUGAUGAUGACUGCUGUCCUUUAUGUUCUUAAUAACCAGUUAAAACUUGUAAUUGGCCUCACUGGCUUCUUUACCUUGUCAUUUUUUUCAACACCAUCCUUCAUGAGAACAUAUUGUCUGAAGUAUUAUGAUAUCAGUUUUGGUUUCUCUAUUAAAGAGAGAGUUGCCUCUGUAGGUCCUCUAAUCUUGUUAUGUUUAGAAGACGUUGGUCACGAUAAAAAUGUCACACUCACAAUGCACUGUCAGCAAAGUGUCUGAGCACUGAUAAACUUUGAAAAUGCAGAUGUUUCCAAGAUGCUUAUAAGACAAAUACAGAUUUUUGUGUCUGUUCAGUCAUUAUUUAAGAACAUAGGAUAUAUAUAUAUACAGUAUAUAGACAUGGAGGGGUUUCGGACGACAGUAUUCAGAACAAAUUGUUGCUCUGUCACCUCUCAAUAAAUCUUGAAAACCCUCACAAAAGCUCUUUUGAAGUGAAGGAGCAGCUAAAGGAAUAUUUUUGAAACAUUACCAUCACAAUUUCAGA